GUCCUGCGUUGUUAUGUCUUGAAAAGCAUUUGUAAGGGAAAAAUACCAAGACAGCUGAAUGGCUUAAUAUCCAUAAUUCCAAUAAAGGGAUCUCGUGCUGUGCCGAUUUCAUUUUCGUAGCAAUUAUCACUCUGAUAAACUGCAUAGCCAUACAAAACAAAACCUUCAGCCAUCAGACCGCACAUCUGGGGAUUUGAGCGGAUUGAGGACUGUUUAUUUCGCUUCGCGAAGCAAACCCGGAUAUUUGUGCUUUGACUGCGUGUUCCCCCACGUUCCUCUUCCUCUCGCAGCCUGCAUUCAACUGACUGCAGCUGCCGCGCAUUGGGAAAGGGAUCCGAAACCGUGGUGGAAUCGGACAAAAUGGGUCCGCGUCCGUGGUUUUUUGUGACAUUUAUGUGGAUUUUUGCGCUCAAACCCGACAAUAUCCACAGUCUUAACAACGAAGAGGACCAGUCGCAAGAUAUGGAAUGCAAAAUGAAGAGCGUCACGGUGUCCGCGUUGCCGUUUUUGAGAGAAAACGACCUGAGCAUCAUGCAUAGCCCCUCGGCCUCCGAGCCGAAGCUUCUGUUCUCCGUCAGGAAUGAUUUUCCGGGAGACAUAGUGGUUGUCGACGAUCUAGAAAAUACCGAGCUCCCAUUCUUCGUUUUAGAGAUUUCUGGGAACUCGGAGGACAUUCCUCUGGUGCGAUGGCGACAGCAGUGGCUGGAGAACGGCACUCUGCUCUUCCACAUCCACCACCAGGACGGCAGUCAGAACCUCCCGGGCCUGGCCACCACAGAUGACCCUGCCAGCGAGGCGGCCGAAGAGGAGCUCCGCAUCCUGCACAUCUCUGUCAUGGGUGGCAUGAUCGCGCUGCUGCUCUCCAUCCUGUGCCUGGUGCUGAUCCUGUACACGCGCCGGCGCUGGUGCAAGCGACGCCGCGUGCCCCAGCCCCAGAAGAGCGCCAGCGCCGAGGCGGCCAACGAGAUCCACUACAUCCCCUCGGUGCUGAUGGGCGGGCAGGCGCGCGAGAGCCUGCGCAACUCGCGCGGCCAGGGCCACAACUCCAGCGGCACGCUGAGCAUCCGCGAGACGCCCAUCCUGGACGGCUACGAGUACGACAUCACCGACCUGCGCCACCACCUGCAGCGUGAGUGCAUGAACGGCGGCGAGGACUUCACCAGUCAGGUGACUCGCACGCUGGACUCGUUGCAGGGCUGUAACGACAAGGCCAACAUGGACCUGACACCGGGGUGUGACAGUACAAAACUGUCCUUAAUGAGCAAGUACAAGGAUAACAUCAUAGCCACCAGUCCUGUCGACAGCAAUCACCACCAGCAAAACACCCUCCUCCCACACAACACCUCCACCAACCAGCGCAAGCGUCUGUCCAGCAAAACACGCGCGGGUUCGGCCUUCCUGAACCCGGACGGCGACUCGGGCACCGAGGCCGACAGCGAGCCCCAGCUGACCUUCUACACCGAUCCCAACCGCAGCCGGCGUCGCAGCCGAGGUAUGCGAAAUGGUAACGCCAACACAGCCUGGGGCUCCGGGGGCUCCCCGCGCAGCCCCGUCAACAAGACCACCCUGACUCUGAUCAGUGUGGUCAGCUGUGUGAUCAGCCUGGUCUACUCCUCACACCUGGCCUGCACCCUCACCGUCAAAGUCAUCCUCCACGUCCCUGAGCACCUCAUCGCCGACGGCUCCAGGUUCAUCCUGCAGCAGGGCAGUCAGCUGGACGCGUCGGAUUGGCUAAACCCGGCCCAGGUGCUGAUCUACUACCAGAACGAGAGCGGGCCCUGGAUCAACGAGCUGUGUGGCCGGCGCCUGCUGGACCCCUGCGAGCACCAGUGUGACCCGGAGACAGGUGACUGUCUCUGUUUCGAUGGCUACAUGCGAGACCCUGUGCACAAGCAUCUCUGUAUUCGUAACGAGUGGGGUCCAAACCAGGGUCCCUGGCCCUACACCAUUUUCCAGCGCGGGUUUGAUCUGGUGAUGGGAGAGCAGCCAUCCGAUCGCAUCUUCAGGUUCACCUACACACUGGGUGAAGGCAUGUGGCUGCCACUGAGCAAAAGCUUUGUGAUCCCGCCAGCUGAGCUGGCCAUCAACCCCUCAGCCAAGUGCAAGACAGACAUGACUGUCAUGGAGGACGCUGUGGAUGUCAGAGAGGAGCUCAUGAUUUCCUCGUCCUUCGACAGUCUGGAGGUCCUGCUGGACUCAUUCGGUCCCGUGCGUGACUGCUCAAAGGACAACGGUGGGUGUAGCCGGAAUUUCCGCUGCAUCUCUGACCGCAAGCUGGACUCCACUGGAUGUGUGUGCCCACCUGGCUUGAGCCCCAUGAAGGAUGGCACGGGCUGCUACGACCACCACAUUGGCAUCGACUGCUCGGACGGCUUCAACGGCGGCUGCGAGCAGCUGUGUCUUCAGCAGCUGGCACCUCUGGAGGAGGACCCCACCCUCUACAACAUCCAGAUGUUCUGCGGCUGUAUAGAGGAUUACAAGCGAGGGCCAGAUGGACGGUCCUGCCAGCCCCUGUCUGAGGCGUGCACGGAUGCAGUGGACUGUGCCGAAGCGGCGGACAUCCCGGCCAACCAGACGGUGUUCGGGGAUCUCUUCUAUGGUUACAGCAACCACACCAAGGAGAUCAUGUCCGGGCAGGUCCUAAAGGCCACCUUCAGACAGAAGAACUUUGCUCGAGGCAUUGAACAGCAGCUCCCAGAUGGCAUGGUGGUAGCAUCCAUCCCAACAGAGGUCCAGUGCCACGAGGAAUUAUCUGACCCUGUGCCCGACCCGGAAUACUUAACUGGAAUGGUGAACUACAGUGAGGUCACUGGCUAUCCUCUUGUUCAGCACUGGAGACUGAGAUCCAUCCUGUACCACGUCAAGCUGAAUCAGUGGGUGCUCUCCCAAGCCUUCAGUUCAGCCGUUCACUCACUGGACGGAGCAACUCUCCGCAGUGACUUUGUUUCCAUCCUGAAGGAGUUCGGGAACCACUUCAUCCAGGAGGCUGUCUACGGGUUCGAGGAGUCCUGCACCAUCUGGUAUCCGAACAAACAAGUCCAAAGGCAGCUUUGGCUGGAGUACCAGGACAUCAGCAAAGGGAACUCUCCAUCAGACGAGUCGGAGGAACGUGACAAAGAGUCGCGCACACUUACCUACCCGGCCUACAUCGCCAGCCUGCUGGACUCGGGUGCCAAGCGCAUGGCGGCGGGGGUGCGCAUGGACUGCAGCAGCCAGGGCCAGUGCCCGCGGUCCUGCCACCUCUGCCACAUGAGCCCUGGGCCCGCACGUCCCGCCGAACCCGUCCUGCUCCAGGUCACCAAGGCCACGCCUGUCUACGAGCUCGUCUCCAACAACGAGACCUACCAGGCCCUGCAGGAAGCCAUGAUGAGCAUGCUCUGGUGCUCUGGCAAGGGCGAUGUCAUUGACGACUGGUGCCGCUGCGACUCCAGUGCCUUCGGGGCCGAUGGCCUGCCAAUCUGUGCCCCACUGCCUCAGCCUAUGUUGAGGCUGUCCCACACAUAUGAGCCCAGCAGCUCAUUGGUUAUUGUAGAAUGGAAGCACACCGAGCCACAUAUCGGAGUGCGCAUCGUCGAUUACCUCAUCAGUCAAGAGAAAGUGACAGAGAGGACCGACCACUCCAAAGUGGAAACAGAGACAAUGUUGAGUUUUGUGGAUGACAUCCUGUCUGGAGCCAAGUCUCCGUGUGUGAUGCUGGGGGACAUCCUGGACCCACUGACCUCCAUCUCCAUGAUCAUUCGCUGCCUUGAGCCAGACACCACCUACAUGUUCCGGCUGUGGGCUGUGGAUAACACCGGCAGACGCUCUGACCCGAGUGAGGUCACUAUCAAGACUCCCUGUCCUGCAGUGGACGAUGUCAAAGCACAAGAAAUCGCAGACAAGAUCUAUAACCUCUUUAAUGGAUACACCAGUGGAAAAGAGCAGCAGACAGCGUAUAACACUCUCAUGGACUUGGGCUCUCCCACUUUACAUCGAGUGCUAUAUCACUAUAACCAGCGCUACGAGAGCUUUGGGGAGUUCACCUGGCGAUGUGAGGAUGAACUGGGACCAAGGAAGGCCGGCCUGAUCCUCACGCAGCUGGACGAGCUGAGCGGCUGGUGUCGGGCCCUGCUGCAGGAGCCCAAGAUCGGCCUCCGCCGGGCCUCACUCAAACACCUGUCCUGCCGCUACACUGACACCAAGGCGUUUGGCCUCAACUGGGUGGACCUCGGCCAAGACUUACAAAAGGCCUGCGACGAGCAGCUCCUCCCUGUGCUAUACAAUGACUAUGGUGAGCCCAGGGAGUUAUGAAUGUCACAAACACACAAGGGAUUAAUCAAACGUCCGUAACAGGCUUCUUUUCCAAUGUUUGUGGUCAGGAUCCCUUAAUGUUAUAUACAUGGGGCUUUGUGAGAUCAAACUUUUUUUUUUUAUUGUUUACUGUUUUGUUUUUGAGUAAAACUCUUAAGGUGAGACUUAGAAGGGUUACUGGAGGGAUGGUUAAGACUUACAUGUUUUUUUAUUUUAUUAUUAUUAUUAUUAUUAUUAUUAUUAUUAUUAUUUCUUUUCAAUUUACCAUUUAUGUGAAGUUAAAUGCUAAUAAUUUCUGACUGCCUGAUAAUGUUGUUGUGUAUAUCAUCCCAUAUAAAGUAGAUACUGGGAUGGCUCUCAUGGGUAGACUGGUUUACUUUUUUAAAAAGAGCAGAAAAAAUCCCUAGUUAGUGUGCAAAUUAUGUGUCUCUAUGUAGUGCAUAUAGGUAUGGAAGACUAUUAAAGGAUUUUAUUAAAAAGAUUCUGGCAUAGAACUUGUACAAAUAAAUGAUUUCGUUACAUGCUGAAUGUAGUAUUCAAAAUGAAAAGCUUCAAAAUAGGAUUUAAACUGAUGUACAGGUCUUUUUUAUGGAGGAAGAACAUGCUGAAAGGUUGUGUACAGUUCAAUGUGUUAUAUGUUUCUGUUUUUUAUGACACAAUAUUCAACACGAGAGUGAUUAAAUUUGCCAAAAUUGUUAGACUAUUACAAUAUAUCGAUGUCUACAAUCAUUACCAUACCACACUGGCAGUGGAGAAUACAAAUCCCAACAGUCAUACGUAUAUACCUCUGUCAAACCACUGUCACCUUCCUUGUGAAUUGAACAGUGACAUCUGUGAACUGAAAUGAUGUUGGAUAUUGGGCUAACCAUGCUGAAACAUUGCCUUUUUCGCCAUAUUCAAUGUAAUUACAAUGACAGGUGAUGCCCUGAUUGAACAACAAACACAAGUCAGGCCAACAGUAGGGACCUCCUGUUUGUAUUCUUCUCUUGCUAUUUCUACAGUAAAUGGUAAUGGCGUAGUAGGCAAGACCACAUCGUCUCUGUGGUGCUGAAUUCUAACACUAGAGUAUGCUUGCUAUUUUUAGGUUUACUGACAUGUUGUAAGCUAAUAUAUUGUGCACAUUUUCUUCAACCUUUGAUAUUAAAAAUAAUAAUGUUGAUGAUGAUAAUAAUAAAGAAUACAAUAUGAAAUACAA